AUGAACGAUGGGGACUUGAAAGGUGCUUUGUUGGAGUACAAGAAGGGGCUGCGUGUGUUGGAGUCGGUAACUCGCAAGGAUCAUCCCUCAGUGGCAACAAUCUACAACAACAUAGGUUGUGUUCUGGAAAGCAUGGGUGACUAUGAAGGUGCUUUGGCAAAGUACAAUCAAGCCAUUGCAAGCAGACUGUUGGUAUUUGGCGAGGGUCAUCCUGUGACUGCCAGCAGCUACAAUAAUAUUGGGUGUGUUCUGGAGAAAAUGGGUGACUACGAAGGGUCCUUAUCCAAGCACAAACAAGCCCUUGCCAUUGAAGAGUUCGUAUUUGGCAAGAGUCAUCCCAAGGUCGCAACAAGCUACAACAAUAUUGGUUCUGUUCUGGACAAGAUGGGCGACUAUGAAGGUGCUUUGAUAAAUCACAAGAAAGCUCUUGCUGUGCGCUUGUCAGUUUCUGGGAAGGAUCAUCCCGACACUGCCCGAUCCCACAACCAUAUUGGUUGUGUACUGGAGGCGAUGGGUGACUACAGGGGUGCACUGUCAAUGUUGAAGGAAGCUCUUGCCAAGAGAAUAUCUGCUCUGGGUAAGAACCACCCAUCAGUAGCAACCACCAACAACAAUAUAGGCUCUGUGCUGUAUCACAUGGGUGAUUAUGAUGCGGCCUUGGUGAGAUUUGAAGAGUGCCUUGCCAUCAGGGAACACAUAUUAGGCCGGGACCAUCCUUAUACCAAGAGUUGUCUUAAGUGGAUCGAAGAAACACGGGCACAAAUGAAGAUCCGAGAAACUUUAUUUUAA